GUUAGAAGGUUUUUGAGGGAUCGGGACUCACCCGAAGUUCAUCAUUUGAAAUUUAACUUGGUUGUCCUUUUCGUGAAAGAAUUAUUCUCAUGAUGCUGUGCAAUAAGUGGAUGGUGGUUUUUGUUCUGACUACAGUGCUUCGUGAGAAUUUGGCAGAGGGAGGAGUGGGGCUUAUGGAUAAUGUGCCUGGCGAAAUAUUCAAGUACAUCCGCGGGGGAGAUAUUCGAAUGGCGGAGAGGAUGAGGAUGAAAGUUUACAAAGGGGAAAGAAUCGAAUUUGCCUCAGUCGCAGAUAUUCCAAUAACAUCAGUUGAAGCAAUUUAUCAACAAAUAGACCACACGAUGCCCUUGGUCAUUUAUACUCAUGGUUUUCGUGAGCAUCCAUCGAACACGAGUAUUCGGACAGUUGUCGGAGCAUAUUUAGAGCGUGGAACAGACAAUAUAUUCCUUCUCGACUGGAGUCAACUGGCUUUCGAAAAUUACCUGAUUGUUAAACGGCGAGUCAGCGGUGUUGCAGAAGUACUAGCCAAGACCUUCGAUGCGCUCGUUGAUCUCGGCCUAAACCUCGAAACAUUCCACUUUGUGGGACACUCAUUAGGGGCACAAAUAGGUGGAUUCUUCGGGAAAUACACUAAAUAUUCCAUCCCCAGGAUAACAGGACUCGACCCUGCAAAUCCAGGAUUUUACUACACGGGAGCAAAACACAUUGAUGCGAACAGCGCAAGAUUUGUGGAUAUAAUUCAUACAGAUGGUGGGUUCUACGGGGCUCGGGAAGACACUGGUACUGUUGAUUUCUAUCCCAAUGGGGGAUCCAGGCCACAGCCUGGAUGUAACUUCCUGGGGGUGCCCGUCACGCCAUCAGAUUUGUGUAAUCAUUGGAGGUCGUGGCAAUAUUACUCGGAAACUGUUAAAUACGAAUAUGCGUUCCCUGCGACACAGUGUGCAUCAUUUUUUCAGUAUAAAUUAGGAGAAUGCGACGGAAAUCGGAAAGUCUUCUAUGGAUAUUCCGUUCCUAAUGAUGUACGAGGGAGCUACUACUUCGUGACGAAUUCAAAAGCUCCGUAUGGCAACAGCCUCGGAUACAUCAACUGGAACGCCUUGAACACUGUAUAAUCAAUGUAGGAUAGAGAAUCAAAGACUGGAAUUAAUACAAUUCUGCACAAAUUACCCAAUAUGUUUAUUAUAACUAUUUCGCUGAAAUGAAGCUGGACAUCAUAGUGACACCAAAAGUAAGGAAUGUAUUGCACAACUACUGAUAGAAUAUUUCUGUUUCCCAUGUCACCGGGAACAUUCACUGUGGUUGCAAUGCUCACUAUUACCGUUUUGUUGAAUCUUUUGAAUAUUCUGCAGCUCUGUUAGCAGUUGUUGGCUGUAAUUAGGAAAAAAUCACCUUUUUAUUCAUGUAUGUCUGUUAAAACGUUGACUAGGAGAUAUGAAUGAAACAAAAGAAUUAGAAUAAAUCAAUUUAAAAAAAUGGAGGA